CACAAGGCAGCAGGAGCAGAGAGCAGCCAUUGCUGUGUCUGGCAGCAGUAUUAAACAGUUGUGAAGAAGACAUCCUGUGAGCGUGAGACACCCAGCAGCCAUCCUCUUGUGUCAGGAGGACUGAGAAGGACCCAGAGCCCAAUCACGGUGCCUCCACCUCACUCACUGACACAUGAGAGACACAGUGACGAGAAGAUCAUUGAACUCACCAACAAGAUCAUUCAGCUGCUGACUGAAGAGGUUCCUAUAAGGUGUCAUGAUGUCACUGUCUAUGUCUCCAUGCAGGAGGAGGAGUAUAUAGAGGAACACAGGGGUCUGUACAAGGACGUGAAGAUGGGGAAUCACCGGCCCCACACAUCACUGGAUGGGCCCAGUAACAGAGAUACCCCAGAGAGAUGUCCCCAUCCUCUGUAUUCCCAGGAUUGUACAGAGGAGAAUCACAGGAUCCCACAGGAGGAUCAGGUUGAACGUCUGUCUGAUAUUAAGACAGACGAUAUAGAGGGAGAAGAAGAGACGUAUGUGACUGAUAUAAAGGCAGAAGAUACAGAGGGAGAAGAAGAGACGUAUGUGACUGAUAUAAAGACAGAAGAUAUAGAGGGAGAAGAAGAGACAUAUGUGGGGGGUGAUCAGCAGUGUAAGGAGGAGGAAAUCCCUACAGAUAUCAGCACAGCAGAGGGACACACAAGCAGGAAUAUCUCAGAAGGACAUCUAAUGUUAUCCCUGGAUUCUGAAAUAACCGAUAAUGACAGUAGACAGGAUUAUCCAGGAGCUAACCCCAUUACCCCAAUUAUUCAUCCAGGUCUAUCAGCUGAUCCCCCUGAUCCUGGGAAAUGUUCUCCUGAUCACGCUUAUAUUGGUGCAUCUGUUACAGCUCUAACAGUAGAUACAGUGUUUCCAUGUUCUAUAGAUGCCAAAUGUUUUACACAGAACACAAAGCUUCAUCAGCCAGCUAAGGCAGGUGAGAGGCCAUUUCCAUGUUCUGAGUGUGGGAAAUAUUUUACAUGCAAAUCAGCUCUUGUUACACAUCAGAGAAGACACACAGGUGAGAAGCCAUUUCCAUGUUCUGAGUGUGAGAAAUGUUUUGCAUGGAAAUCAAAUCUGGUUACACACCAGCAAAUUCACACAGGUGAGAAGCCAUUUCCAUGUUCUGAGUGUGAGAAAUGUUUUGCACGGAAAUCACAUCUUGUUAGACAUCAGCAAAGUCACACAGGUGAGAAGCCAUUUCCAUGUUCUGAGUGUGGGAAAUGUUUUGCACAGAAAUCAGAACUUGUUAUACAUCAGAAAAGUCACACAGGUGAGAAGCCAUUUCCAUGUACUGAGUGUGGGAAAUGUUUUGCACAUAAAUCAGACCUUGUUAAACAUCACAGAAGUCACACAGGUGCAAAGCCAUUUCCAUGUUUUGAGUGUGGGAAAUGUUUUGCAAUCAAAUCAGAUCUUGUUAAUCAUCAGAGAAGUCACACAGGUGAGAAGCCGUUUUCUUGCUCUGAGUGUGGGAAAUGUUUUUCCUGGAAAUCACUACUUGUUAUACAUCUGCGAAGUCACACAGGUGAGAAUCCAUUUCCAUGUUCUGAGUGUGGGAAAUGUUUUCAACACAAAUCACAUCUUGUUACACAUCAAAGAAUUCACACAGGUGAGAAGCCAUUUCAAUGUUCUGAGUGUGGGAAAUGUUUUAUCCAGAAAUCACAACUUGUUAUACAUCAGGGAAGUCACACAGGAGAAAGGCCAUUUCCAUGUUCUGAGUGUAGGAAAUGUUUUACAAACAAAUCGAAUCUUGUUAGACAUCAGAGAAGUCACACAGGUGAGAGGCCAUUUUCAUGUUCUGAGUGUGGGAAAUGUUUUGCACGGAAAUCAGUACUUGUUGAACAUCACAGAAGUCACACAGAUGAAAAGCCAUUUCCAUGUUCUGAGUGUGGGAAAUGUUUUGCACACAAAUCAGAUCUUGUUAUACAUCAGAGAAGUCACACAGGUGAGAAGCCAUAUUCCUGUUCUGAGUGUGGGAAAUAUUUUGCACAGAAAUCAUAUCUUAUUACACAUCAGAGAAGUCACACAGGUGAGAAGCCAUAUUCCUGUUCUGAGUGUGGGAAAUAUUUUGCACAGAAAUCAUAUCUUAUUACACAUCAGAGAAGUCACACAGGUGAGAAGCCAUUUUCUUGCUCUGAGUGUGGGAAAUGUUUUAUACGGAAAUCACAACUUGUUACACAUCAGCGAAAUCACACAGGUGAGUGGCCAUUUCCAUCCUCUGUGAAAUAAAUCAGCACAAUAGACAUCACUUGGAAACUAUUGUACUCUUCUGGAGUAUACUUAACAUUGCCAUGCAUUGUUCUUCAAGGUUCUUAUCUCCUAUGCUUUUUGCAAUAUACAUGCUACAACUGGGUGAUAUAAUCAGAUGUCAUGCCCUUAUCUACCACUGCUAUGCAGAUGACUUGUCUUUUGCUCCGGAUACUGAGAACCCAGUACCAAUCCUAAAUGGUUGUCUAGCUGAGCUCCAUGUGUGGGUGAUGCCAGUUGGCUGUGACUCAGUCCUGGUGAAACAGGUCCUUAUGGUAGAAGCUCACCAACAAAAGGCAGGGCUACAGCUCAGCUUUGCAAACCAACCAGACUUAUGCUUGUGGGUUCAGAGUUACAAAAUGCUGAUCAUGUGGAAUCUUGGUGUCCUGGAUGGUGGAGUGACACUUAGAUAUCAGGUAUCAUCCACAAUCCGAUCCUCAUCUGAGGAACAUAGCCAGACUCCAGCACUUUAUUCCCUCAGAAGAUCUACCUACAGUCAUACAUGCACUUGUAUCAUCAUGCAUAGACUACUGCAAUGUCCUCUACCUGGGUCUCCCAGCAAAAGAAUUGCACCACUUGUGGCUUGUACAGAAUGCAGCAGCCAGUCAUAUCUAACCGGCCCGUUCCUGCCACAUAACACCCAUUCUCUUCUCCCUUCACCGGCUGCCUGUAAGAUGAUGACUUACAUAAUCUUACUGACUCUCCCAUCCCUACAUGACCAGGGUCCAUGGAACCAGAAGCAGCUUCUGCCUCCUUACUGCCUGGUUUCUUCCGUCUGCAGAUGAAGGACUGUUACCACCAGUACCAAGAAUCCCCAAGAAAUUCUGAA